CCUCGCGGCGGAGCCCAGGCGAGGCGGCGGCGGCGACGGCGAUAGCCAUGGCUGGGGCGCUGGCAGGGCUGGCCGCGGGCUUGCAGGUCCCGCGGGUCGUCCCUAGCCCGGACUCGGACUCGGACACAGACUCGGAGGACCCGAGUCUCCGGCGCAGCACAAGCGGGCUGCUCCGCUCGCAGGUCAUCCACAGCGGUCACUUCAUGGUUUCGUCGCCGCACAGCGACUCGCUGACCCGGCGGCGCGACCAGGAGGGGCCCGUAGGGCACUCCGACUUCGGGCCGCGCAGCAUCGACCCCACACUAACUCGCCUCUUCGAGUGCUUGAGCCUGGCCUACAGUGGCAAGCUGGUCUCACCCAAGUGGAAGAAUUUCAAAGGCCUCAAGCUGCUCUGCAGAGACAAGAUCCGCCUCAACAACGCCAUCUGGAGGGCCUGGUAUAUCCAGUAUGUGGAGCGGAGGAAGAGCCCCGUGUGUGGCUUCGUGACCCCCCUGCAGGGGCCGGAGGCUGACGCGCACAGGAAACCAGAGGCCGUCGUCCUAGAGGGGAACUACUGGAAGCGGCGCAUCGAGGUGGUGAUGCGCGAGUACCACAAGUGGCGCAUCUACUACAAGAAGCGGCUCCGUAAGUCCAGCAGGGAAGGGGAUCUCCCGGCACCUAAGCAGACAGGACAGAGUCAGAGGGCAGGAAGGGAGCCCUGUCUCUUCAGCAAGCCAUCCUGGUCUGCAACAAGCCGGGGCCACCAGGGGAAGGCGGAAGGCAGGUGGCCACCGCCGGAGAGAUGGUGCGAGCAGCUCUUCUCCAGCGUGGUGCCGGUGCUGCUGGGGGGCCCAGAGGAGGAGCCCGGCGGGCGGCAGCUCCUGGACCUCGACUGCUUUUUGUCGGACAUCUCCGACACACUCUUUACCAUGACUCAGCCCAGCCCUUCUCCCCUGCAGCUGUCCCCCGAGGAUGCCUAUGUCGGCAAUGCUGACAUGAUCCAGCCGGACCUGACGCCUCUGCAGCCCAGCCUGGAUGACUGCAUGGAGAUCUCAGAUUUCUUCACCAACUACCGCCCCCAACAGACGCCCACGCCUUCAAACUUCCCGGAACCCCCCAGCUUUAGCCCCAUGGCCGAUUCCCUCUUUAGCAGUGGGAUCCUGAGCCAAGAGGUGCCCCCGGCCUCCUCGGGCAUGACCCACCUCUCAGGACAUGGCCGCCUGCAGGUUCAGAACAGCAGCCCUGGCCCCUUGGACUCCAGUGCCUUCCUGAGCUCUGAUUUCCUCCUUCCUGAAGACCCCAAGCCCAAGCUCCCACCCCCUCUGGCACCCCCUCCUCUCCUCCAAUAUCCUCCCCCUGCCAAGGUGCCGGGCCUGGAGCCUUGCCCUCCACCCCCCUUCCCUCCCAUGGCUCCACCCCCCACUGUGCUACAGGAAGACCCUCUCUUCUCUCCCAGGUUUCCCUUCCCCACUGUCCCUCCUGGCCCAGGAGUGUCACCACUGCCUGUUCCUGCAGCCUUCCCACCCACCCCACAGCCCAUCCCAGGCCCUGUCACUCCCUUCCCCAUAAACCUUCUGGCUUCAAGCUGUCCAGAGCCCCCUUUUGGGCCUUGCUUCUCCAUGCGUCAGGGCACGUGGCCCAGAGGCAAGCCCCUGGCCCCGUCCCCUAGAGGACGGAAAGCCAACCCCCCUACCUUGUCCCCUGCCACGGCCAGCCCCACUGCCACUGCUGGGGGCAGCAACCCCUGCCUCACACAGCUGCUCACAGCAGCCAAGCCCGAGCAAGCCCUGGAACCACCACUCGUGUCCAACGCCCUCCUCCAGCCCCCAGCUUCCCCGCAGGAGACGGUCCCCGAAUUCCCCUGCACCUUCUUUCCUCCAACCCCAGCCCCUACACCACCCCGGCCACCUCCGGGACCAGCCACACUGGCCCCAUCCAGGCCUCUGAUUGUCCCCAAGGCAGAGCGGCUCUCGCCCCCAGCACCCAGUGGUAAAGAGGGGCUGCAGGGACUGGGGGAGUCCAGGGGAUGCAGGGAGAAGCAGGAAGAAGGGGGCACUGCAUCCGGGGCCAAGAUGAGAGGAGCAGGGCAAUGGGACCCUCUCCCCUGUGUCGGUCUGUCUGUGGGUCUGUCUGUCCCGGCCGCAGGCAGCGAGCGGCGGCUGUCAGGGGAGCUCAACUCCAUGCCAAGUCCAGGGGCUCUGAGUGUCCGUGUCUCGCCACCUCAACCCAUCCUAAGCCGGGGCCGUGCAGACAACAACAAGACUGAGAACAGGCGCAUCACACACAUCUCCGCGGAGCAGAAGCGGCGCUUCAAUAUCAAGCUGGGCUUUGACACCCUUCACGGGCUUGUGAGCACACUCAGCGCCCAGCCCAGCCUCAAGGUGAGCAAAGCCACCACGCUGCAGAAGACAGCAGAGUACAUUGUCAUGCUGCAACAGGAGCGGGCGGCCAUGCAGGAGGAGGCCCAGCAGCUGCGGGAAGAGAUCGAAGAGCUCAACGCUGCCAUUAACCUGUGCCAGCAGCAGCUGCCUGCUACAGGGGUGCCCAUCACACACCAGCGUUUCGACCAGAUGCGAGACAUGUUUGAUGACUAUGUCCGAACCCGGACGCUGCACAACUGGAAGUUCUGGGUAUUCAGUGUCCUCAUCCGGCCUCUGUUCGAGUCCUUCAAUGGCAUGGUGUCCACGGCAAGCCUGCACAGCCUCCGCCAGACCUCGCUGGCCUGGCUGGACCAGUACUGCUCCCUGCCUGCUCUCCGGCCAACUGUCCUGAACUCCCUCCGCCAGCUGAGCACAUCUACUAGCAUCCUGACUGAACCAGGCCGCGUCCCUGAGCAAGCCACGCGGGCAGUCACAGAGGGGACCCUUGGCAAACCUCUGUAGUCCUGGCCAGAGCCUGCUGCUCACUCAGCUGCCCUGGGGCUGCCUUCCCUGGGCAUGGGCUCCAGGGAUAACUUCUGGGCACUCCUCUCCCACCCUGGGCCUGGCAGUCCCCUUCCCGAGGGUCUCAGGGUCCACGUCUCAUGCUUCCCACCUCCUGGAGGCUGAGAAGAGCUGAGUUCCCAUUCCUGCUCUACCACUGUGUCCCUGGGUGACUCAUAACCACUCUUUGGACCUCUGUUUUCCAAUCCGCAAAAUGGGGAUGGGCAAGAUUCAACCAGCAGAUGACCCGAGGCCGUAGCAACUGUGACAUUGGGGGCCUGAGCUAGCAAUUCAGACAGCUUGAAGGAGGGAAGAGGAUCUGUUUCCCUGCCACCCCAACCUGCUCCCCCACGGGUGGGACACAGGCCUUUGUUCUUGAGCAGAGAAGCAGAAAAGGAGGUUCCCUCUCUUUGCUCCUUCACUGGUGACCCAGAGGGGCUGCAGGAUGGCUUCCGCUGGGUGAGGCCAGGAAGGUCUGAUCACGGGAGAGACUAGGGCAGGGGUGGCCAGAGCAGGGCAGGCAUCUUGUGUGUGUGUGGACAUGUGUGUGUGUGUAUUUUGUAAAGGAUUCUUGACAAAUAAAAGCAGAAACUGUCUG